GGCAAUCACCUGAUACUCCCUCCUGUCAGAGCAAAAAUGUCUGCGCACUUAUCCUAUGGAAGAGUAAAUUUAAACAUUUUGAGGAAAGCAGCGCGGAAGGAGCUCCGUGAGUUUUUGGACAAAUGUGCAGGAAGCAAGGCUAUUGUGUGGGAUGAAUACCUGACUGGACCCUUUGGAUUGAUAGCACAAUAUUCCUUGCUGAAGGAACAUGAGGUGGAGAAGAUGUUCACCCUCAAAGGGGGGCGUCUUCCUGCUGCUGAUGUGAAAAAUAUAAUCUUCUUUGUUCGUCCCAGACUGGAACUGAUGGAUAUUAUAGCUGAGAAUGUCAUCAGUGAGGAUAAGAUGCAUUCCCCACGUGACUUCCACAUCCUGUUUGUGCCCCGGCGGAGCAUGCUCUGUGAGCAGCGGCUGAAGGAGCAGGGCGUCCUGGGCUCGUUCAUCAACAUAGACGAGUACAUCCUAGACCUCAUCCCUUAUGAUGGAGACUUGCUCUCCAUGGAGUCUGAGGGGGCCUUCAGGGAAUGCUAUCUAGAAAGUGACCAGACAAGUCUUUACCACACCGCCAAGGGCCUUAUGACUCUCCAGGCUCUGUAUGGGACCAUCCCCCAGAUAUUUGGGAAAGGGGAGUGUGCACGGCAUGUAGCUAAUAUGAUGCUUAGGAUGAAGAGGGAGUUUGCUGGCAGUCAGACUCAGAUCCUGCCUGUGUUUGACUCACUGCUGCUGCUGGACCGCAACAUAGACCUGCUUACCCCUCUGGCCACACAGCUCACCUAUGAGGGCCUCAUUGACGAAGUUUAUGGAAUCACCAACGGUUAUGCGAAGUUGCCUCCGGAGAAGUUUGCUGCCCAAAAGAAGCAGGGUGAGGUGGGUAAAGACCUGCCCACGGAGCCCAAGAAGAUGCAGCUCAACUCAGCGGAGGAGCUGUAUGCUGAGAUACGGGACAAAAACUUCAAUGCCAUAGGGGCUGCACUGAGCAAGAAGGCCAAGAUCAUCUCUGCUGCCUUUGAGGAGCGACAUAAUGCCAAAACAGUUGGCGAGAUAAAGCAGUUUGUGUCCCAGCUGCCCCACAUGCAGGCAGCACGGAGCUCGCUGGCCAAUCACACCUCCAUAGCUGAACUCAUUAAGGACAUCACCACCUCAGAGGCCUUCUUUGAUAACCUGACAGUGGAGCAGGAGUUUAUGACUGGAGUUGACACAGACAAGGUUAACACAUAUAUUGAGGACUGUAUUGCCCAGAAGGAUCCUCUGAUCAAAAUCUUGCGGCUGGUCUGUAUGCAGUCAGUCUGCAACAAUGGCCUCAAGCAGAAGAUAUUGGACUACUACAAGAGAGAGAUCCUGCAGACCUAUGGAUAUGAACACAUGCUUACCCUCAACAACCUGGAGAGGACAGGUCUUCUGAAGCCCCAGACAAGCACCAGGAAUAACUACCCCACCAUCAGGAAGACGCUCAAACUCUGGAUGGAGGAUGCCAACGAACAGAACCCCAAUGACAUCUCCUAUGUGUACAGUGGUUAUGCUCCUCUCAGCAUCCGUCUGACCCAGGUGUUGGCCAGGCCCGGGUGGCGCAGCAUCGAGGAAGUUCUGAAGAUGCUCCCUGGUCCACACUUCGAGGAGAGACAACAGCUGCCUGCUGGUCUCCAUAAGAAACGCCAGCAGGGGGAGAACAGGACCACCCUGGUGUUCUUUCUGGGAGGGGUGACUUACGCAGAAGUUGCUGCCUUGCGCUUCCUGUCUCAGAUGGAGGAUGGUGGCACAGAGUACAUCAUUGCCACUACCAAGCUCAUCAAUGGUACCAGCUGGAUCAAGUCUCUGAUGGACCGCCCGGAGGCCCCCUGAGCCCGCUGCCCGCCCCCUCGGGGAACAGAUGCACAGCUAGACACAUCAAACAGUCAGAACAAAAGACCUUGCCGCUUCUUUUUAAUGUCCAUAUUCCAGCGCCCUGCAGGUGUGUCUGAUUGAUCUCAGCAACUGUGAGUGUGAGGUGACCAGGAGUCAGCUCCUCGAUUCUCCCUGUCCUUUGCCUGCAACUCUAACAGCUUGCUAAAUGCAUUGCCACCUGCUUUGGUCAUUGUAUGGAGCUGAGAAGAUAUCAUCUUACUUGUGGCAUGAUGGAAGGUUUUAAGAUCAUUGUGUUUUUUUUUUUUUUUACAAAGGCUGAAAGGUAGAUGCUUGUAUUAUUUUUGUGAUUUCAACCUAUAUUUUGUGUUGUACAGUAUAGGGGUUUUCUCUCUGCUUGCCAUUAUUUGUGGGAAAAGUAGUCCUGUAAAUAAAAUGUGUAAUUGACUGCUGA